CGGUGGCGCUCCAAGGGGGAACAAAGAGCGGCGGCUGAGGCGGCGGCGGAGCGGCGGCGGCGCUGCAGCGGCGGGCGGGACUGGUAUGGUGGUUCCACAGGUCAGACCCCGCUGCACUCACAGGGAGGAGGCGGCGGCAGCGGCAGCGGCAGCGGCGGAGGAAGGCGGCGCGCCCCGAGAGGCAUGCCCAAAGAAAAAUACGAACCCCCUGACCCUAGGAAGAUGUACACAAUUAUGUCCUCUGAGGAAGCAGCAAAUGGAAAGAAAUCACAUUGGGCAGAGCUUGAAAUAAGUGGAAAAGUAAGAAGCUUAAGCUCAUCUUUGUGGUCACUAACUCACUUGACGGCUUUGCACCUGAGUGACAAUUCCCUGUCCCGCAUUCCUUCAGACAUUGCCAAGCUUCACAAUCUGGUGUAUCUGGACCUGUCCUCUAAUAAAAUCCGGAGUUUACCGGCAGAACUCGGAAACAUGGUAUCACUCAGGGAACUCCAUUUAAAUAACAACCUGUUACGAGUUCUACCUUUUGAGCUGGGAAAACUGUUUCAGUUGCAGACUUUAGGCCUGAAAGGAAAUCCACUUACCCAGGAUAUAUUGAACCUCUAUCUGGAACCAGAUGGAACAAGAAGGCUACUGAACUAUUUGCUUGAUAAUUUGGCAGGUACUGCAAAAAGAAUUUCAACAGAACAGCCACCUCCACGAUCUUGGAUUAUGUUACAAGAACCAGAUAGGACAAGGCCAACUGCCUUGUUUUCUGUCAUGUGCUAUAAUGUUCUUUGUGAUAAAUAUGCGACCCGGCAGUUAUACGGCUACUGUCCGUCUUGGGCACUAAAUUGGGACUACAGGAAAAAGGCCAUUAUUCAAGAAAUUUUGAGCUGCAAUGCUGAUAUCAUAAGUCUUCAGGAGGUUGAAACAGAGCAGUAUUACAGUUUUUUUCUGGUAGAACUGAAAGAACGUGGCUAUAAUGGAUUCUUUAGUCCUAAAUCUAGAGCUAGGACAAUGUCAGAACAAGAAAGAAAACAUGUCGAUGGCUGUGCAAUAUUCUUCAAGACAGAAAAAUUUACUUUGGUUCAGAAACACACUGUUGAAUUUAAUCAGCUAGCAAUGGCAAAUUCAGAAGGGUCUGAAGCUAUGCUGAACAGAGUCAUGACAAAAGAUAACAUUGGAGUUGCAGUACUGCUAGAACUUCGAAAGGAAUUGAUUGAAAUGUCAUCCGGAAAGCCACAUCUUGGAACAGAAAAACAACUUAUUCUUGUGGCUAAUGCUCAUAUGCAUUGGGACCCCGAGUACUCUGAUGUGAAGUUGGUUCAAACUAUGAUGUUCCUCUCAGAAGUAAAGAACAUUAUUGAUAAAGCCUCACGAAAUCUCCAGUCCAGUGUAUUGGGAGAAUUUGGAACUAUUCCACUGGUGUUAUGUGCAGAUCUUAAUUCUUUGCCAGAUUCUGGUGUUGUAGAAUAUUUGAGCACUGGUGGAGUAGAAACAAAUCAUAAAGACUUUAAAGAACUGAGAUACAAUGAAAGUCUUACAAAUUUCAGCUGUAAUGGGAAAAACGGGACAACCAAUGGAAGGAUCACUCAUGGUUUCAAGUUAAAGAGUGCCUAUGAGAGUGGCCUGAUGCCUUACACAAAUUACACGUUCGAUUUCAAGGGUAUAAUUGACUACAUCUUCUAUUCUAAACCUCAGCUGAACACUUUAGGCAUCCUAGGACCUCUGGACCACCAUUGGCUAGUUGAGAAUAAUAUCAGCGGCUGCCCACACCCACUCAUCCCCUCCGACCACUUCUCACUUUUUGCACAACUGGAGCUCUUACUGCCUUUCCUGCCCCAAGUUAAUGGCAUUCACCUUCCUGGCAGGAGGUAGUCAAGUACCUUCAGAGGACGACCUCAAUUUCACUUUUAAACUCAAAAUCUGAAUAUAGGGGAGUGAGGUAUGGCCACCAGGGUUGUUAGUUUUUUUUUUUCCUUUUCCUUGAUGAUUUGAAUUUUCAAUCUUGAUUAUUUGAUAAGGAUAUAGUAUGAAAGCCAGGUGCUAGCAACAGACAAAUUCUGAGCCCAAUAUGCUUUAUAUACUGUUAGACAGGGAUUGGUGUGUUUAUACCUAUCUUUAAUUUGUUACAAGUAAUUUUCCUGUUUCUUCUAUCCAAUAUAAUAUUUUCAUGCCUUGAAAUAGGAAAAUAUUUGAACAGCAUCUUCUCUUUGCACAGAAAUCUGUAGCACUACUUUUUUGAGGCCAGUAAUAACAUCCAGAGACCAUUCUUCCAUACUCCACUCCCUCCCUUUUCAGACUUGUUUGUAAAAUAGAGACUUUGAAUUUAGCCUUUAUGAUUGUAUAUGAUCCACAGAAGACCUGAUUUAUGAAAUUUUGUACUAAAAAAAAAUCAGAUUUGGAAAUGAUUGUAUUGUAAACUAAGGCUAAGUUUUUUUACUGUUUCAUGUGUUAUAAAGGCCAGCUUGUAAAAGAAGUUGCAACAGACUCUCUCUGCUGAUGAUUUGCACUGUUAGGGUUUUUGUUAGCCCUUUUGUACUACUUUAUUUUUAAACUGAGAACAUUGCUCUUUAAAUCUAAAUCUGCUUAAAGCUUUGGACAUUUUCUCAGACCAGAGGCAACUUACCCAUGAAUUCCUGGGUUUUUACAAAAACUAUCUACUAGGACAGAUAAGCUGAGCAGUGAAUAAUCUGUAGGCAUUUAUGGACUGAAUGUAAUGGUUGAUAUAUGUACAUUCUGAUAUUUUUAAAUCUUUAACUUUUUGAAGUUAAAAAAUUACAGCUGCUUGGAUGCAGCUUCUUAACUCCUUUUGGAGACAUUUCCUGUCCUGUCUCCACUGUGCCUGCCUCAGUUUGUUCUCACCAAGCACUGCCUGUGCAUGCAGAGAAAAUCUGUGCAUCCUCUUUUAUAUUUUUUAAAUACUGUUUAACAUUUGUGAGAAUUUUAUGAAAACGCUUUUGUAUAAGCUGUGGCUUUUUCUCCCAUUGUGAAGCAUUGAAUAUCACAUUUUGGAACGUGUUCCAUAGGGUGGGUCCCUGGGUCUUGGCUCACCAGACCCAAGCACUGCUUCGUGGUGUCCUUGCACAGUGCUGUCUGUCACCCAGAAUACUACUAUCAUGUGAAUUCUUUUUGUUUCCCAUAUAUUCCUUCGUCUCUUUGUUUUUUUUUUUUAAUCAUUCCUUUUUUUAAAAAAAGCAAUUUUCCAUUCAUGAAGCAGUGUAAAUGAGAUGUGUUUUCAAAACAGGUCCCUAAGACAAUUCUUCAGAUCAUUUUAUAAAGUGAGUAAGACAUAAUAGUUCACCCAAGAUAAAAGUUAUAUUGUACCUUGUAUUUUCCCAUAGUGUCAGUGGUAGAUUAGAGAUUAAAGCCAGCUUUUAACUUUGCAAAGUUAACUUGUAUGUGUUCUGUUCUCAUUCAUUCUCUCAAAAAUCAGAUGAAUUCAGAGGGAACUUGGUCUAACUGCUUUUGUUUCAACUGCAGGCAGGGGAGCAAAAGGAUAACAUGUGAGCAUUAAGAACAUGUUGAAAUGUUUUUUAACAAUUUUUAUACAGAAAAUGAGUCAUUUUGGAUAAUGACUUAAAAUUUUAUGAAAAAUAUUUAGCACUUAAAUGUGCUUAUUCUGUUUUUAAGAGAAAAUAAAAUAACAUACCGUUUAAAUAAAUGAUUUUUUUUUUUAAAAGAAUUUUCCAAAAGGCUUUGAUCUUAAAUCUUUGUCUGGGACCUGGUUUUUCCUUUGAGGUUUUUAAAAAUUUUGUUGUGUUGGGUUUUUAUUUUUUGCUUUUUGUUUAAGUUGUGCUGACACCAGACAUAUCCAGUUUAUAAUCAAUACAUUGGAAAGCUGGUAUUAUUGAUGUAGAACCAAUGCAUAACUUUUUAUGGGGUUUUCGUUUUUAUUUUAUUUUUUGUAAGGUGUGAAUAAAAGGUGUGUUUACUCAUUUUUCCUAAACACUGUGUUGGUAAUGUGCAUCAUGACAAUUUCCAGUGAGGGCAAGCUGGAGCUGGUUGGACUGAUGAGGCAAGGGAGACCACUUUUCCUAUGAUCUGUAUUAUGGUCCAGAGAGCUUUAUGGAAGGGGAGCGGAGAAGCACUUACUCGUUUGUCUUUGUUAAUAGAGGAUGUAUUCUUUUCAUAGAUGCUGGAACUAGAGUGCACUUGUUAGAUGCUAAAGGUUUGAGCUUUACACAAAAUGUUGUCAUCUGUAUUUGUUAUUGUCUGCGAUAUAUUUGAACUUGGGGGCAGCAUAGUAAGAUAUAAGGGCCUGUUAUGUCUUGAAACUAUUUGUUCUUGCCUCUUCCGGGCACACUGCAUUCUGUGGAUAUGUUUGAACUGCUACUCCAUCUUACAUAGUGAUAAAUUGAACCAAGAGUGUAGACUUAAAAUUGUAACCUUCAAAAGAGGAAGAAAUAUUUUGGGUCUGUAAAGAAUAAACAGUCACCAAAAUAGGCUGAUAACUUUUGUGAAGCAAGGUUUUGUAUUCUAAACAUUUUCAGUGUCCUGAAGAAUUUUCAAUAAUUCAUACUCCUUAAAAUGCAAUAAAACUAGUACAUUUCCUCAGUA